UGAUUUGCAUAUCUGUAAUAAUUAGUGAUGUUGAGCAUAUUUUUCACAUGCCUAUUGGCCAUCUGUAUUUCUUUUCUGGAGAAAUAUCUCUUUAGGUCUGCCCAUUUUUCAGUUGGUUGUGUUUUUGUUAUCGAGUUGUAGACAUAUAAUUAUUGAUAAUACUUUCAUGAUCUAAGACACGUUUCUUUAGAAACAAACCAGCACUAAAUAUGAGGCUCCUGUAUGUAUCACAUGGUGACUUUAAUCAUAAUGAUGAUAAUUAUUAGCAGCUAUGAAGCACUUACUAAUAGGCAGAGACUCUAACGCUUUGCACAUAUCAGCUUGCAUAAUCCUCAUAUGACCCAUCCGUUACAGGUGAGGGAAUAGAGGCACAGAGAGGUUCCUUGAACAAUGGCUUGUACUGAGGGUCACACAGCCAGGAAAUGGCAGAGCCAGGAGUAAGUCUCAGCAGCCUGGUUGCAUUGCCGGGCUCUUGGCCACCACAUUCAGCUUUCAUUAGGAUGUGAAGAAGACACACGUGCUGACAAAGCAAGAGACUUUAUUGGGAAGGGACGCCCAGGUGGAGAGCAGGCAGCUAAGGGAACCCAGGAGGACUGCUCUGCCACGUGGCUCUCAGUCUCGGGUUUUAUAGUAAUUGGGUUAGUUUCUAGGUUGUCUCUGGCCAGUCAUUCCGACUCAGGAUCCUUCCUGGUGGUGCUUACAUCACUCAGCCAAGAUGGAUUCCAACCAGAAGGAUUCUGGGAGAUUCCUGCCCAAGUAAAUGGCUUGAGUUUUAGAGACACUUCCACAAGCACCCAUCAACUCUUCCAUCUCGUCUAAAGAGAGCGUCAGCAAUUUCAGCUGUAGUUUCCUCACCUCACAAAAAUCCUUGCUGCUCCCACCAGUCCUGGACUACAGCAUCCUGACUGUCAAGCAAUCCCAUUCCUCUUCUGCAUUGAAAAACCCGCCUUAAAUCGAACUUCCAAUUAUCAGUAAAUUCCAACCUUGGCUUCCGGGCUCUGUGCACACCGUCACGGUGCUGAAGCUCUGUGGAGGUGUUCUUCCUUACUGCGUUUUGCCUUCCCAGAACUCGGCCUUUCCCCAAAAGGAAGAGGGAGAAAAAAAUGACCAAACUCCAGGAGGCAUUGACCUUCAAGGAUGUGGCUGUGACCUUCACUGAGGAGGAGCUGGGGCUGCUGGACUUGGCCCAGAGGAAGCUGUACCGAGAUGUGAUGCUGGAGAACUUCCGGAACCUGCUGUCCGUGGGGCACCAGUCCUCCAAGCCAGACAUGAUAUCAGAGUUGGAGAGAGAGGAGAAGUUCUGGAUGACAGAGAUCCAGCCCCAGAGAGGAGGGUGUUCAGGAGGCAGGAAUCACGAGAUGGCAACUGUUCAGGACACAGGAGUGAGCUGCCUUUCACGGGUAGAGCUUUCAUGCUGGCCAAUCAGGAGACAUGUUGUGAGCAAAUCAACCAAAAGCCAAGACUCUGUGAUAAAUACUCAAGAGAAGAGUUCUCAGUCCCCCAAACAACAUAAUUCCCCUGCAGGAGUGUCCGCUCAGGCUUCCAUGGAAGGCAACUGUUUCGUGACUCUUAUAGAGGAUCAUUCUGAUAUUAUUGAAAAUCAAGAAUUUCCAGCUGGGAGAGCUCCGAAUUCCUGGAGUAAACUCUGUCUGAGCGAGACACAGAAUUACCAGAGGGGUUUUCAGCUGACUUCCAUGAAGAACAAGAUCUGUAUGUUUGCUCCAUGUGUUGACUUUUUCCCACGUAUCUCCCCCCACCACGAUGACCACACAGUGCCCCAAAAAGAGAAGGCUCAGGGCACAAGAGAGUGUGGCAAAGACCUCCUCAAGGCAUCACCACUAGCCCAGCGAAGCAUCGUUGAGGCUGGACCGAAAGCCUACCUGUGCAAUGAGGGUGAGAGAGGACUUGGUGACCGCACCAGCCUGGAGCUUCAUCAGCGGCUACACUUGGGCGGGAAGUCCCCGACCCACAGGACGCCCAAGAAGGACCCAGCUUACAGCUCAGCGCGCCCCACUCCGCCAGGCGCCCUCCCUGGGACGAAGCGCUACUGGUGCCGUGAGUGCGGGAAGGGCUUCAGCCAGAGCUCCAACCUGCAGACCCACCAGCGCGUCCACACCGGGGAGAAGCCCUACUCGUGCCACGAGUGCGGGAAGAGCUUCAACCAGACCUCGCACCUGUACGCCCACCUGCCCAUCCACACCGGGGAGAAGCCCUACCGCUGCGAGAGCUGCGGCAAGGGCUUCAGCCGGAGCACCGACCUCAACAUCCACUGCAGGGUCCACACCGGCGAGAAGCCCUACAAGUGCGAGGCGUGCGGCAAGGGCUUCACGCAGAGGUCCCACCUGCAGGCGCACGAGCGGAUCCACACCGGCGAGAAGCCCUACAGGUGCGCGGACUGCGGGAAGCGCUUCAGCUGCAGCUCCAACCUUCACACGCACCAGCGGGUGCACACGGAGGAGAAGCCCUACAAGUGCGAGGAGUGUGGCAAGCGCUUCAGCCUGAGCUUCAACCUGCACAGUCACCGGCGCGUGCACACGGGCGAGAAGCCCUACAAGUGCCAGGAGUGCGGCAAGGGCUUCAGCUCCGCCUCCAGCUUCCAGAGCCACCAGCGGGUGCACACGGGCGAGAAGCCCUUCCGCUGCAGCGAGUGCGGGAAGGGCUUCAGCCAGAGCUCCUACUUCCAGGCCCACCAGCGCGUGCACACCGGGGAGAAGCCCUACAAGUGCGAGGUGUGCGGCAAGCGCUUCAACUGGAGCCUGAACCUCCACAACCACCAGCGCGUGCACACGGGCGAGAAGCCCUACAAGUGCGAGGAGUGCGGCAAGGGCUUCAGCCAGGCCUCCAAUCUCCAGGCCCACCAGAGCGUCCACACCGGGGAGAAGCCGUUCAAGUGCGCCGCGUGUCAGAAGCGGUUCAGCCAGGCCUCACACCUGCAGGCGCAUCAGAGAGUCCACACCGGGGAGAAGCCCUUUAAGUGCGGUACCUGCGGCAAGGCCUUCAGCCAGAGGUCGAACCUUCAAGUCCAUCAGAUAAUCCACACGGGCGAGAAGCCCUUCAAGUGCGAGGAGUGCGGGAAGGAGUUCAGCUGGAGCGCGGGGCUCAGCGCCCAUCAGCGGGUGCACACGGGAGAGAAACCCUACACAUGCCAGCAGUGUGGCAAGGGCUUCAGCCAGGCCUCGCACUUCCACACCCACCAGAGGGUCCACACGGGGGAGAGGCCCUACAUAUGUGACAUAUGUUGUAAGGGCUUCAGCCAGAGGUCACAUCUUGUUUACCACCAGAGGGUCCAGCAGGAGGGAAUCUAUAGGGGUGGGGGGUGUGGAACCGGCCUCAGUGAGAACCCACCUCUUCAUCUCUGUUGGAAAAGUCCUGUCCCAGGGGUCACGGGAGGUUCCUGUGGGCCUCGGAAGCUCCGAGCCAUCUUCAUGGGAAAGAAGUUGUAGAAAAGGUAGUGUUUGCAAGUUUCAGCUGGGAGGUGACCUCUUUGUAGAGAAUAUAUUCUAUAAAUAUGGUCAGUAGUUACACCAGAACCCUGAGUGCCCUCUCAAGAUGUGACACGAGAAGAAUCGUUGCCCUUUUCCCAGGAGAGAAGGCUUACACAUGAAGGUUUUAUGGGCGGGACUUGAACUAACAGAAGUAUAGUGCAGACAGUCAAUGCCACCUGCAGGGUGCCCUGCACACAGGGUGGGCUGUUCGUCGCCACUCCGUCUACCGUGUAGAACUGUGUGUGGCUUCUAAUAGGUCCCCGGCAAUUACUGAACCAAGUGGAGAAAAACCCUCUAAUCAGGACAGAUACUUGAAAAUUCUAGUCCGUUCCCUAAAUUUGUAACAACAUACUCAAGAGGAAUCCUGCAAAGUCGCCUUAAUAAAAUUAAUUUCAGGAAACAUUCAUUGACAGAAUCACAUUAAUACUGCCACCCACAACACUAUAGAUUUGGACAAGGCUUGUGAAUGGCCACCAGCCUCCAUCCAGCUUCAGUCAUAUGUAUGGAAUUACCCAUUGUGAGCAGUAAUAUUGAGUAUCAUUAGCUUGUAUUUUAUACACCGAAAAAGACUUAUUAGUCUAAUAACAUAUUACAGUUUAUAUGAUUGGAAAUUUUGUACCCUAACUUGUUACAGUAGGGUGUUACUGUAACUGAAAGUGUUAAAAGUAGUUACUAGUGACAAAAAGUUUCUUAGUAAACUUGAAUUGUUAAUAAUUGA